AUGACGCCAGAGACCGCAGCCUACGCAACCAAGGCUAGUGACUUGCUCACAGACAUUGAGCGCGGCCAGCGCAUCUUGGCAGGCGGCUCGCUCGUCUCGACGGCGCCCGGCAUGGUGCACGCGACGCUCGUCUGGAAGCAGCGUGACCUCAUCAAUGGCACGAACGUUGUGACGCAGGCACAGCACAUCGUCCAUGGCGACACGGUCUUCCGCGGUCUUCCCACGAGCUACGACGCCAAGGCUGUGAGCGUGUCGCCUUCGCAGAAGCUUCGCCUCGUCGUGACGGACGCCGAAGACAAGACGUACCGCUUCAGCUUCUUUGACGCGCACCACUUGGUGGCUGUGCACCACACGACCAAGGACCUUCACGGCGCGCUCUACACUGGCCCCACGGACGGAUCGAUUGUGUGGUCGGGGGACGAGUCGAGUGUGUACUACCUCGCCGAGCGCAAGGAGAAGGAGGGCAAGUCCUUUUGGGCGAACGCAAACAGCAAGCCGACGCCCGCAACGGACGCCGACCUCCGGGGCACGCAGUACGACCGCAAGCCCGACUGGGGUGAACAGAACGUCGGGAAGCGCACAUCGCGCAUCUUUCGCCUAUCGUUGGCAUCCGGCAAGAUCGACGAGGUGCCCGGCGUCCCCGACGACCUUACGAUUGCGGAGCUCGAGUUGCACGCGGGCGCCAACAUGCUUCUCUUCACGGGUAUCGCCACGACGCGCCGCCUCGGUCUCAUCUACUGCUACAACCGCGUAAAGCACGUGUACGUGUUGCCACUUGGGACGGACGAUGCUGUCGCUGCGCCGCUCGUGCCCGAUUCGGUCUGCGGCACGACGCGGUCGGCGCGCGUGUCGCCCGACGGCCGCUCCGUAGCCUAUCUCGGCACGCGCGACGUCCCGACGCACAACACGACGAGUCUUCUCUGCGUCGUCGACUUCGCGUCGCGCGCCGAGCGCAUCGUGGUCGAUGUUGUUGACGAGCCGACACCUGGCUACUCGUCGACGCCGUCGUCGGCGUUCAACGGUCUCUACAUGAACGCGCUGCUUCCCCGUUGUUGGUCGGUUGACGGCCAACACAUCCUCUGCAACACGGAGGUUGGCGCCCGUGGCAUCUGGAAGCGUAUCCACGUUGGAUCGGGCGUCGUGUCGUCUCCGACGUACCUUCUCGGCGACUCGACGGGCCACGAAACGCUUCUCGACGUCACAGGGACCACAGCGCUCGUCGCCGUCUCCACACCGGUGGCACCACCGGCCGUGUACAUUGUGCAACUGGACGCGACGUCGCUAAAUGUCGUCGGCCGAAUGCUCCUCGACGACCAGGCGCCGACGCGCCACAUUGCGUCGUGGGCAGUGGAAGCUGUGCCGUCCGUGGCGAUUCCAGGCACGCACUUUUCGCCGUUGGCCGCGAGCUCGACGCCGCUGCUGCCGCAAGUCGAAAGCUCGGCGCCGUACGAAGCCAUCGUGGUCCUCCCGUCGACGCCAGCGCCCGCCGACGGCUUCCCUCGACCUACCCGUGCACCGUAUGACUACCUCUGUGCGCUUGGGUUCGCCGUCGUGACGGUCAACUACCGCGGCUCGACGGGCUACGGCCGCCUCGCACUCGAAUCGCUUGUCGGGCGCGUCGGGACGCAGGACGUCGGCGACUGCCACCGCGGGCUCCUCCACGUCCUCGACACAUACAAGGGUACGCUGAACGCGAACCAAGUCCAUGUCUCGGGCGGCUCGCACGGCGGCUUUCUCGGCGCCCACCUCAUUGGUCAGUACCCGGGCUACUACCGUUCGGCUGUGCUUCGAAACCCCGUGACGAAUGUCGUGAGCCAGAUCUUCACGAGCGACAUUCCGGACUGGGGCCUUGCAGUCACGGGCCUUGGCGCGUUCGAGUCACUCGUCGCGACGGCGGCCGUGACCCCGACGGUCGGCGACAACGGCAACCGCCUCGCGUGCCUCGCGCGCAUGUGGGAAAUGUCGCCAAUGGCCAACGGCCUCACCAAGGUCUCGACACCCGUGCUCUUUGGUCUCGGCGCCAAGGACCUGCGCGUGCCGCCGACCGAAGGUCUCCAGCUCAACGACUCGCUGUCGCACCACGGUGUGGAAACGCGCGUGCUGUGGUACCCCGAAGACUGCCACCCGCUUGAUUCGGUCAAGACGUACGCCGACUUCGCCGUCAACUGGGCGCUUUGGCUCCACGCCCACUCCGCGUAG